UCCGUCCGCCGCCGAACUUCUCCCUCCACCAGUCACACUGCGGCGCAAACGCUGCUGUCCACUGUAUAGUCGAUAGGAUUCCGGCUUCAGGCUCAGUUUCGAUUCCGUCGCACGCCUUUAGCUAAUGGAGUUCUGUCCAACUUGUGGGAACAUGCUGCAAUUUGAGUUGCCCAAUAUGGGAAAAUCUUCCAGAUUCUUCUGCCCGACUUGUCCUUAUGUGUGCCACUUGGAGAAUAGGGUAAAGAUCAAAAGAAAGCAGCAUUUGAUAAAGAAGGAAUUAGAACCCAUAAUCUCUGAUGAGGAUAUGAAAAAUGCAGCUCAAACUGAAGCAACGUGUCCAAAUUGUGCGUUUGGUAAGGCUGCUUUUAUACAAGUACAACUGAGAUCGGCUGAUGAACCUGCUACAACUUUUUACAAAUGCAUGAACGAGGACUGCAGAAUUAAUUGGCGCGAGGAUUAAGUACUCCAGAUCUACAUUUUUUCUUUGAGUUCAACACGUGCUAUAGAAAUUUGAACUUCUUUACCUUUUAGUCAAAAGGAAAUGCCCCAAAAUACGUCUGUAAAAUCAUGAGUUUUUCAUUUCUGAUUUUUUAUUCUCUUUUAGCUAAUGUAGACGUAAUUUCUAUUAAUAAGAUAUUCCUUACAGGAAUAGCAUUGUUCUAA